AUGGCCGCAAUGCGCGACGCCCGGGAGAAGCUCCCGCAACUGCUUAUGCACCUCUCGGCCAGUCCGCGCGACACGUUCAACCUGGACGAAACCGCCCUUUGGUUGUCCGUGCUCACGCGGCAGACGUACAGCAAUGGCCGAAUUCCAGGGCGCAAGGUGUUCAAGGAGCGCCUUACCGUGGCGUUCCUCGUCAAUGCGGAUGGGAGCCACACAUUCCGCCCGUUGGUCAUCAGCAAGGCGAAGCGCCCGCACGAUUUUCGCCCGGACUACGAUCCCGAGGUCCUCUGCUACUGGCGUCACAACGCCAAAGGGUGGAUGACGGCACAGCUCAAUGCUGCGAUGUAUGCUGAGGGACGCCACGUCAUCGUUUUGCUCGACAACGCAAGCUCGCACAUGCUUAGGAGCGAGUUCGCGUGGAGCGAGAUCAUUUGCCGCAUGCGGACGACUUGCAUGAGCAAUGUCUGUCUGGUGUUCCUGCCGCCGAACACCACGGCCUUCACACAGCCCCUUGACCAGGGUAUCAUUGCCACCGCCAGGGCCCGCUACUGCCAGCACUGGUUGCGGGCCUUCACGGCUCUAUGGAACGCGGACGGAGUGACAAGCGUUGUCGCGCGGUUCCGCCCGAACCUGCGCGACGUGUUGGCGUGGCUGUCCGACGCGUGGACGAGCGUCGAUGCGCGCACCAUUCAGCGGUGCUGGUGGCGCACGGGAUGUCUCCCACUUUCGUGGUCCAUGGAGUUGACCCACGUGCACGACGACGAGCCCACUCCGUCCGUCUAUCCCGACAUCGAGCUUGACGACGACAUAGGCGACGUCGGCACUCUCAUCAGUGGGCUCGGGCUCGGGCAUGGCGCGAUUACCGCGGCUGAGUACGUCGCCAUCGACGACGGCGAGCCGACGUGCGCCGAGCACGCGGCGGAACAGACGACGACGGAGUCGGAAGGGGGCAUGGUGGUUGAGCUGUGGGAGGCGCCAACCACCAUGCAGGCCGUAUACGAAGAUGUCGACCCCGUGGGCCGUGAAGCGCGGCGCACUGCCAGGGCGGCCUGCGAGAUGCUCAUCGGCUAUGCUCGCGCCACCCGAAUCACGCCGCGCGACCUCUGCCACCUAUUCGACAUCCGCAACCCGAUUAUCAUCGCGCGGAUGGAGCGGGCGAGCCCGGCCUUUAAUCUCAACGUGGCCCCUCCGGCCGUGCGCACCCGGGCGCAACACCCACGCACGACACCCCGCGUCCGCGCGGCCGAGUGCUGCCUGGCUGGAUGA